AUGCCAGCUGACCAGGAGGAGGACGACAGUGAAGACUUCCUCGACAACGCAGUGUCGGCUUCCAAGGACGUCGAUGAAAUGAACUUCGAGAAUCUCGAAUUGGAAAUUCAGAUUCUUCGAAAGGAGGUCCAUGCAUUGGAAGAUGACAAAAGGAAACUAGAGAAUGAAAAUAAAAUGCAAUUUAGAGAUCUAAUGGAGGAAAUCCAAAAUCUUCGAGAUGAAAAUAUGGGCAAACACAUUGAAAAUCUGAAAGAAAAAAACGUUCAGUGUGAAGAUACCUUAAACAGUUUGCAGAAAGAGCUGAGGAAUCUUGACCGACAGAAUAAUGAAAUGGAGAUGAAUAUGGCCCAUAUGAAAAAAGAAAAAACUGAGCAGGAAGAGAAGAUCGGAGAUUUGGAAAAGGAGGUCCAGACAUUGACAGAAGACAAAAGGAAACUAGAGACUGAACAGAAAAAGCAAUUUAGAGAUCUAUUGGAGGAAAUCCAAAAUCUUCGCGAUGAAAAUAUGGGCAAGGACAAACACAUUGAAAAUCUGAAAGAAAAUAACAUUCAGAGUGAAGAUACCAUAAACAGUUUGCAGAAAGACCUAAGGAAUCUUGACCGACAGAACAAUGAAAUGGAGAUAAAUAUGGCCCAUAUGAAGAAAGAAAAACUGAGCAGGAAGAGAAGAUCGGAGAUUUGA